CAUCAAUGGAAUGGAGAACAUGGAGUAAGACAACAACAAAAUAAAUCGUAGGACAAGUGACCAGCGGGCUGGUGAUUGAAAAUAAUAGACGCAUGUGAAUUGAGACAGGAUGCCGGUGAACAACAUCGAGUCCAUCAUCGAGGCGCACGUGGAGGCGCGCAGCGAGACCGAGAGUCUCGGCGGCCACAGCGACGCCUCCGCAGGUCGCACCAGGAUGGACGUCGUCUGCAUGCUCGACCUGCAGAACCCUGAGCACCUGAUGCACCGCAAGGCGUCCAUCGAGUGUGUCAAGCAGGCGUGUUCUCUCGUCAGUGCGAGCUUCCAACACAUACAGUUCAAGAGACUUGAUUUUGGAGAAGCGAAUGUGUUAGACGCUUUUUACAAUGCGGACGUGGCUGUGGUCGAUCUGUCUGUCCAAGAGCAGCAAAGUGCCCUAUUUUACCACCUAGGAGUGAGGGAAAGUUUCGGAAUGAAAGAGAACAUACUUCUCUUCUGUGACACCAACACCGACACCACCCUCAGAUUAAAAACUUCUUGUGGCUGCUACACCUUCAUUUCGUACAGAGUCUCAGAUUGUGGCACCUGUUUCACCACAAAUCCAGCCACUGCCAAUGUAAUCGGUGAGGAAAACUCUCCAGACACACGUCAGCCUCUGUCCACAAAACUUCGCAAGCUGCUGCAAGACGUCGAGAUACAGUCAAAGACGCACUUGAAGGAAAAGUUUCUUGCAGACCUGCGGAAAGCGCGAGACACCUUGUCCGGCGAGGAGUUGUCCAAGUUCCUGUACAAUAUGCGAAAACGUCUGGACGACCCAAAUGUCAUCUCGGGGGAGGUGGUGCUUCAUGUCCUAAUCUCCUUCAGAGAAAUCCAGGACUACGACGCAAUGGUGCAGUUGGUAGAUGAUCUCAAAACUAUCCCCACAAAGAGAAGCAACAUCAACACCCCUGCCAUUAGGUAUUUGUAUGCGUUCGCCUUGAAUCGAAGAAACAAAGAGGGCGACAGAGAGACUGCCCUGUCUGUCAUCACCAAAGCGCUGCAGAAAAAGGAAAACCACUACCCUGACAUGCUUUGCCUCUGCGGCCGAAUUUACAAAGACAUUUUUGUCGAAUCUCGACACACAGACCAGGAAAGUCUGACCAACGCCAUCCACUGGUACCGCAAAGGCUUCGAGGUUCAGCCCAACGAGUACGCUGGAAUCAAUCUGGCAACGCUGUUAGUUAUAGCUGGAAAUGAAUUCUCAAAGUCUGAGGAACUACAACACAUAGGCAUGGUUUUAAACAACCUCAUAGGCAAAAAGGGCAGCCUCUCUUCACUGCAAGAGUAUUGGGAUAUAGCAACUUUCUUUGAAAUCAGCGUCUUGGCUGAAAAUUACACCAAAGCCAUUCAGGCUGCCGAGUGCAUGUUUCAGCUAAAACCUCCCAACUGGUAUUUGAAAUCAACCAUUGGCAAUAUUACCUUGAUAAACCGGUUCAGAAAGAAAAACGAAGACGCGGAAGUCUCUCCUGAAGAGCAAAUAUUUAACUUUUGGAUGGAGUAUUUCAUCGAGUGCACAAAUGAAGAUGUCGGCGAAGCAAUCAGAUUCCCAGUGCUAAUCUUGGAGCCGCAGAAAAUCUACAUGCCCAGUUUUGUCAAUUUUAACCUUGGAGCCGAGGAGAAGUCAAUUCAAGUUGUAAAUUUGUGCAUCGACUGUCUGAAGGGUCAGUGUCGGCAGAAGCACGACUGGCUCUUCACUGCCAGCAUGAUUCGCAGCGUCAGUUUGUGCAAGCGUGACACAAGGUGUCUGUUCCUCUAUGUAAAUGAAAACUCGGACGACUUUCAAAUGUUCCUGCCCUCAGUUCAGUCCCGAGACAGGUUUUAUGACCUCAUUCUUGAGUUGACGGUUGAUCAGGAGGGAGUGAUUGAUUUGGAUGUUGAUUUGCCUUCCGAGCAAAUGAAAUACGAGUAUGAGUUGGACGAUUCCGGGAGAAAAAUCAUCUUGGGCAAAGGCACUUACGGAAGCGUCUUCGCAGCCAGAGAUUUGAACACCCAAGUGAGAAUUGCUGUGAAAGAAAUUCCUGAGAAGAAUCUUGGUGACGUCCAGCCUUUGCAUGAAGAAAUCCGACUUCACUCUCAACUCAGGCACCGCAACAUCGUCCAAUACCUCGGCUCUAUUUCGGAAGGGGGCUACUUUAAAAUUUUCAUGGAGCAAGUGCCUGGUGGGAGUCUUUCGGCACUUCUCAGAUCAAAGUGGGGUCCUUUGAAGGAAAACGAGUCCACCAUAGGUUACUACACAAAACAAAUCCUCGGAGGAUUGAAAUAUUUACAUGACCAGAAAAUAGUCCAUCGCGACAUUAAAGGAGACAAUGUUUUGGUCAACACCUACAGCGGUGUUGUUAAGAUUUCCGAUUUUGGCACUUCGAAGAGACUGGCUGGCUUGUGUCCCAGCACUGAAACCUUCACUGGCACCUUACAAUACAUGGCACCUGAAGUAAUUGACAAGGGCCAAAGAGGCUAUGGCGCCCCUGCUGACAUUUGGUCUCUGGGCUGCACGAUUGUCGAAAUGGCAACAGGCAAUCCUCCAUUCAUCGAACUUGGUUCUCCCCAGGCAGCUGUUUUCAAAGUGGGCUACUACAAGAUCCACCCUGAAAUUCCUUCUGAACUAUCUGAGCGUGCAAAGAACUUCAUUUUAAGGUGCUUCGAACCUUCUCCCGACGAGCGAGCAACUGCAACCGAACUUCUUGAAGAUCUGUUUUUGACCGAGAAAAAGAAGGGUGUGACUAGAAUUUCCACCUCUCAAGAACUGAACCGUAGCAUUUCCGUACCUGCUGACAAGCUGAAUGCAAAAUCUGCACAAAAUCUUGUGGCCAGCUCCCCAGACGAAUGCACUAACGGCUUCAGCAUCACACACUCGAACCCUCCCGUGCGAAAUAAAGGUCUCUUGACCCCUAUCAGCAUGCCAGCAGCUCUCUCGUACAGCAGCAUCUCAACUUGCGAUCUGGAGCAAGACAAUCCAUUCAAUACCCGUCGGUUCUCGAAUAACACUCUUCUUUCUCCUGACAUCGAAUCUCCUAAAGACUCCGCAGAACAAGACGGAUUUUAUUUGUUGAAAAAGGACUCGCAGAGAAGGACAACCCUGACGAGGGUGCUCACCCAGGACGAGAAAAAGAUCUGCGACGUUUGGAUGAAAAGCAUUGAGAGUGAUGUAGAGAACACCGUCCUUUCAAUGAAUCAUUUGCUGGUGUUGAUGAAAGGCUUUAGAGAGUUUUUCCCAGAUCAAAACCGAGAAGUGAUCGAGAACGCCAUUCACAUUCUGAAAGAGGAACUGGAUUUCGAUGCUGCUGCCAUCAAUCAGCUCCACGUUGCCAUAUAUCUUUUUCAUAAUGCUGUAAAUGUUGUCCUUCGUUCACACAGCAUCAAACCUCACUGGAUGUUUGCCCUAGACAAUUUGGUUCGAAGCGCUGUUCAGGCAGCAAUUACGGUUUUGUCACCAGAGCUGGGUGCAAACUUGGCCGGCCAGGAACGGUUGGGUCAGCAAGGAUCGACCGAUAUGCAGCAAGAGGGGUCAACCUCAGGAAUGUCAACAAUAAACUCCAUCAAAUCGCACAAAACGGUGGACAGCUUCCCCACACCUAAGUACCGCAGCGAGUGUCUUGAUCAGAUCAAUGCACUGCGCCUGGAAAAUCAGCGGCUGCUGAAAAAGCUGGUGGAUGGUGAAAGGGCCUAUCAGGAUCUUAUAAAGCACAUCAUUGAAGAGCGCAGCAAUCAAACACAGCUACUAUCCCAUCUUCUCAAGAAUCCUGUUGAACCAGCAUUUAACCAUGGCACCCCCAGUGCUGAUUCUGGAGUGCCACAGAUAAAUGUUAGCCUAAACUCACCUGGGGUUAUUGACCAAAAGCUGAUCGACUGGGCGAAUUCCCUCGAGCUGGACAACAUUACCUUGGAAAAGAUUGUUUGGGAGGAGUACACUUUGGAUGAUCUUCUCUAUUUUGUUAGUCGCGACGAUCUGAAGAGGCUUAAUUUGCGGGGCGGAGUUGAACUGCGCAUCUGGCGGGCAAUCAAAGACUGGCGCCAUAAACACCAGGACGCCGUCAUCCCUGGAAAGCAGCUGAGUAUGUUCAACAACGAAGGUGACAAGCAAAACGACUCGACCAAAUUGUGAUUCCUUUUAUUGCACGUGCCAUUUUUGAAUUCUCUCUAAUUAUAGAGAACUGCCUUCUACAAAAAUCAAAGAAGAUAACAUAUAAAAAAGUUACCUGGAUUAAAAAGAAAAAAACGAAUAACUUAUAUUUGUCAUGAAAUACGUAUUUUAUUCAAGUUAUGUGUAUGUGUAACUCUUUGUUGGAAAAAAAAACUAAUCGAAGUCUUGUGCCUUAACAAUUGUGAUUAAGAGAAAUGUGUUGAAAAUAACUAAUAUUUUGGCUUUGUUUUGGAAAAGUGCUUGAAUGAUGAAUAUAUAUUUUGAUAUAGAAAUAUUCAUGUUUGUUGAACGAAUCAAGACAAAUAAAUAUUUAACUGUUGUUCUUAUGUCUACAAA